AUGAAUCGUCCAGAGCAUAGGCACAGUCUUCCAGGCGGGCCGCAGCCGUUCUACACCACACCACAUGCUGCCCAUCAGUACUAUGUACAACAAGUGCAACCAAAUCCAAACGCACUGUAUGAACAAUGGCGACAGACAAAGGUAUCAGAGCUCGAGGAUGUUGUCCGUAAUGCCUUGGUACAAUGGGUAAAACAGUUGGCGGAUAUGAUUGAGGCGAAAAACACUUUGCUUAGCCAGGGGAUCCAGGACACUCAGAGUGUCAUUGCUUCGAGCUUCGAGUCAAUCUCUGGGAGUUUGGAGAGCUGCCGGGAUGGCUUGUCGGCACAGAUAAGGCAUACUCGUGAGGAAGGCCAGGCGGCGGAGAUGCAGCAGCAGGCACAGCAUAAUGUGCAAGUUUUGAAAGAGGAAGUACGCCAAUGGCGAACAGACCAAGAACACCUUUUGCGCGGGUUGGCGGAGAGAGUUGAGCAAAAUGAGAAAAAAACGCAGCUCUUGCAUGAAGCCAUUCUGAAAGAACUACAAAAAUCGACCGCCAAGGACGAGAUGUACGCUUCUCUUGACACGGCCCAGGACAAGAUCUCUGCCGUCCUUGCAAACCAGGAAAAGAUUUUUCGUCUCUUUGUAGCCACCGAUGAGAAGGAGGACAGGCCGAAAAGGACAACAAGGUCCCAAACCAGGAAGGAUUCUGGCGACGAAUUACCAACCAUGCUGCCACCCAUCUUUCAAGGUGCGGCAGGAUUGCUAUUGAAAAUGGUCAACAGCCAAUUUUCGGCUACGGCAACCGAUAAAACGGUUAGUGUGAAGGAGGAAAAAGGGACCUGGAGAAAACGCCGAAGAAGGAGCUAG